AUGGAUGACAAAACUAUAGUAACAUUGAAGAAACCAAAAGAGCACGGUGCUGAUUCGAGCAUCCCACUUCUUGGGAUUACCGAACCAACGAAAAGCAUCGAAACUCCAACUUCAGCAGUGAUAGACAAGAAAACAGAAAAUAUUCUUGUUGUUGCUAAGAAAGGUUACCUUGUCUCCUUCAUCACUGGAGAAGCUGAAAUAUUGGGUUGUCUUGCUGUUUCGUUGAUAGUAGCGAAUUUUACAAUCUUCUUUGUUAAUGAUAUUGAUGAAUUAAAUCAUAUAUUAUUACAAUACAAACGCUUUCAAGAAGAAAAAUCUGGAAUUAAUAUUUGGUAUGAAAUUGAAGAAAUCUUCAAAUCAUUUAAUUUAUCAUUUGGUAAUACACCUGUUACUACUGAUCAAGAAUCAAAUAUGAUUAAAACUCUAAAUCUAACUGAUGAAAUAAGAUAUUCUUGGUUGGCACACCGAACGAAUACUAUUUUAGAAACAGUAUGGAAAAAUUUGAAAACAACCAAUAUUGAAUUUAAAGAUUUGUGUACUACAGUAGGGAAUCUUCGAACUUAUUGUCAACAAAGUGGUGGAAAUCAAUUCAAAUUACCCAGAACAUUGAAAAGUACGUGUGGAUCUCGCCCAUAUCGUUUAUUUUUUCUUAUUUAUGACAGUUAA